AUGAAGAGCAUCGCCGUUGUCGGCGCGAACCCCGCGCUGCAGAAGAUCCUGCGCUUUGAAACCCUCACGAUCGACGAGGUGAAUCGCGCCACCGCGAUGCAGCUCACGACGGGCGGGAAGGGCACGAAUUUCUGCCGCGCGAGCCGCCACCACGGGCGGGCGGCCGCCGUGCUUUUCACCUUCCUCGGUGGCAGCAACGGCACGCGGGUGGGGCAGCUCCUCGAGGAGGAAGGCCUCCCGUUUCGCGCGGUGAGGGUCUCCGCGGAGACGCGGGAGUGCACCACCUGCCUCCUCGCGCGUUCCGACGCGAUGACGGAGCUGAUCGGCCCCUCCCACCCCAUCCCGCCCGCCGCCGCCGCCGAGAUGCUCGCCGGGAUCACCGCCGCCCUAGAACCCGCGGGCGGGAUCGACGGCCUCGCGAUUAUGGGCAGCCUGCCGGAUGGAACGGAUCCGGAUCUCUACACCGAAUGGACCCGCGCCGCCCUGGCGGCCGGCCGGCCCGUUCUCCUCGACGCCGUGAAAGGCGUGGAGCCCGCGUUGCGACUCCCCGGAUCCCGCCACGCGAUCUUGAAGGUGAAUAUGGAGGAAUUUCGCAAACUCACCGCACCGGCCGCCGACCUCGCCGGUGCGUUUCACCACGCGAUGCGGGAGUGGACGGUGGAGGUGGUGGCGGUGACCAACGGGCCGGGGUUGGCGUAUCUGCAGGUGCGUGGCGAGCCUCUCCGGGUGUUUAGAGUCCCGAAGUUGACGAACGUGGUGAACCCCAUCGGUUCCGGGGAUACUGCCGCCGCGGUGUUCUUCGCCGAAUACCUUAACGGCGUCGGGGUGGUGGAGGCCUUCCGACGCGGCCUUGUGGCAGCCUCGGCGAAUUGCCUGCAAAUCGACGCGGGGGUUUUUGAUCAGGCAGAUUACGAUCGGUUGUUUGACAGCGUAACGGUGGCGGAGGCCUCUGAACCAUUGCAAGCAUAA